UCCCGCGCGAUAGCAGUACAAGAAAGACGCUGCGCGCGCACUGUCACUUCGUAAUAUUUAUAUAAAGUUCGUUUGCUCGACUGAAAGUAUCGUUCCAAAAAGAUUUUAUAUUGUGUAGAAAAUGUUUUUAUUUUUGGUACUAAGUCAGUUGACGUUAGCGGCCGCUGAGAAUAAGUUGCCUGAAAACUUCAUUAAAUGUAAAAGGAAUGACGGGACACUCAACGAUUGUCUGAAAGGCGCCGUCCCGGACGCACUAAGGAAGAUGGUAGAAGGUAUCCCAGCUCUGUCAGUGCCACCCCUGGAACCCCUGUUUGUGUCUGGUAUGAACAUCGACUCCGGAGCCGGCCCCGUCACCAUAACUCAGAACUACCGCAACAUCAAGCUACACGGACUCACCGACUCCAUACUUACCACUUAUAAAGCUGAUCUCAAGCAUCACCGCUUACGGACCGAAUCUCUGACACCUAAAAUGGAGUUUAUAGCGGACUAUGUGAUGAAAGGCAGAAUUCUUGUUUUGCCUAUACAAGGAAAAGGAAUCGCGAAUAUUACUAUGGUGAAUCUCGUCGUGAAGCACGAUCUGAUCGGCGAGCCAGUUGUCAAGGACGGGCAGACCUUCAUGCACAUCAAGGACUACAGAGUCAAGUUCAUCCCAGAGAAGGUAAACCUUCACUUCUCCAACCUCUUCAACGGUGACAAGAGACUUGGAGACCAGAUGAACAUAUUCCUCAACGAGAACUCUGAUUUAGUCUUCAAUGAGUUAAAAGAAUCGUAUGAGAAAAGUCUCAGCUCCGUAUUCCAAGACGUCACCAACAAAAUCUUCGACAAAGUACCCAUGAACAAAAUCUUUAUCGAAAAUUAAUUAUCUGUGAUCCCAAUAGUUAUAUAUAGGUUAAGAAUAGAAAUUGUUACAAAGGAGUAGCUGUAUACGGGAAUGACUACCGUUGUUAGAUGAUAUGGAUACCGCUUUAAUUAUUAUUAAUUAAUUAAUUAAUCUACACAAUAAAAUAUCUUUAAAAAAUA